AUCCUGGGAUUACACGGCAUGGCGGCAAACAAUCUGGUGGCCGUCCUCCUUUUGGCCAGUAUCUGCAUGGCCCACGCCUAUCCGGCUCUGUUGCCCUACAUCUACAAUCCUUCCAAACGUAACGGUGGAGACAAUGUGUUUCCCCAGAUCGAGGACGAUGUGAGUGAGCUUGACCAGUUGCGAAACGAACCGGGAGCCAUCUUGGCCAAACGUCAACAAGAUGGCAGCACCGCCCGCACCACCACCACCACAAAAGAAAGCGUCGAGGAGGUGGCCGCCGCUCCAGAAUCUGGCCAGAGCCCCAAUGCAAGCAUUAUGACCGAUUUGGAGCGGCAGCUGGAGGUGGCUACUCCUUUGAUUUCGACCACCACAACCACUAGCACUUCGGCCACAACCACAACGGCCACUUCAAAAGAAGAGGGCGAACGAUCCCAGCUGGAGGAGCCAAAAACCCAUAUCAAGCCGGUGGUGGAACCAACUGCACACUCCAAGUGUAUAUCCACGAAACCACCCAAAAAUCAACAGGCAUUUUACGGGGCUGCUCGUCUAGCUUUCGGUCAAAAUCCAGAGGUUCUGCCAACAACCACAACUACGAGCACCACCACAACGUCUACUACUACCACAACAACGCCAGCUCCACCACCGGAAACUCAGCCAGAAGAGGAAAAGGAGCCGGAAGCCGAAGUUGAGGAAGAAUCCGAGCCAGAGGCUGCAGUUGACGUGGCCGGAGAACCGUCAGAUCCAGAAGAUCCUGCGGGAGAUGUGGCUGAAACCGAACUGACCGCUCUUAAUCCACCUAAGCCCAAGCCAAGCCAUCCCAAUGCCAACAAAGAGACCAUCGGAGAUAUUGUCUUCGAUGUUGUGGCUCGCACCACGGAGCGAAGAUCCAGUUCGCCAAAGAUGAAUGCCAAGAGUUUGCUGCAAAGUCCGAAUGGUCAAUAUUCAUCCUUCGACAUGGCUCAAUAUAUAUUCUGGACUGGUGAUGAAACGGCCGUGGUUAAGGCAGUCGAGGAAUUGGUUCAAGGCAAGGUGAUCACCCGAGAGAACGCUCUGAAAUUCCUACAAGAUAUUCGUCUUGGCAUUGAAUUCUUGCAACGCUCUUACGCCAAUCGUAUUUUUCCGGAAGAGGUUCGUCAAAAUCAGCUGAAGCGACACAGUCCACCCAGCACCAAUCCUCCAACCACAUCCACAUCAACCACCACAACAACGACGACCACGAGCACUACUACGGAAAAACCAUUCCCAGAAGUACACCCCUUGGAUCCCGAAUCCAGAAUUCUUCCAGGAGUUGGAGCACUACCAGCUAAGAACUUUGACAGCUUCAGUUUCUGGAACAAGAUCAAAGUGCUGGACAAUGAGGCACAACAAGACUUGAAUGAUUAUGACGAGGGACGAGCUAAGAUCGUAGAGUAUUUGUACAAUGAGUACUCCUUGGAGGAGAUUCUGUAUAAGCUGGCAAAGGUGAUGUUUGCUCAGUCCUUAUCGCACGGCUCUGAUGAGGCUCAAAUGGAGCUCCAAAAGCUUACAGAGUUCCUGGAGCGUGAGGGCAACAUGGGUGUCAUACCACUCGACUUGCAAAAGAAAGUUUUGAGAGUUCUGCUUAGCGCAUUGUCGGACACCUUGACCGAACAUCCGGAGCUUCUGCCGGCGGCGCGGGUUAACUUGGCCAACCCGUAUUACAGGCUUCCAAUGCAUACCCCAAGUCAAUAGAGUUAUAUCGAGAGUUAUCAGAUUAUUGCAAAGCCCUAUAUAAUACGUUAACACGCAUAAUCCGCAUCAGCUAAUGGCAUAUAUCCACUGAUCGGCGCUACUCUGGGGAGGCGCACUCUCGGAACUUUAAUCAUAUAAAUAUUAAUUAUAUUAUACUUGGCCUAAGUUCACUAGAUCGAUUGGCACCUUCCACUUUGUUUAACGGAUUAGCCUACGUGUAAUAUAGCAAAAUACUCUCGUGAUAUUUUUGGUCAGUCAGAGGCAGAGAAAGAUGAAGAUAAAAUCCUUAUACACUUACGGUACGAUAAGAAAAAUCAAAACCUAAUAAUAAAAGUCAAACCAAAGUAACCGAA